GACAAACAGCUAGUUAUAUAGACAGUUAUAUAAUGAUACAGACAAGAGAUUGAUAGAGAGAGAUAGAGAGGGUAAAGAGAGAGGGAGAGAGAGAAGCAGAGAGAGUGAUAAUGUAUGUGAGAGAGGAAAAGAAAGAAAGAGAGAAAAAAGGAAGUGUUAGAGAAAGAGAGGGAGUAAAAUAGAGACAAAGAGAGAGAGAGACAGUGAUAGGGGGAGACUGAAAGAGAGAGAGAAUAGAGAGAGGGAGUGAGGAAUAGAGAAAGAAAGCGAGAGAGAGUGAGAGCUAGAAUAACAGAGCUUGAUAGAGAGUACGAGAAAGAAGAGUGUGAUAGAGUGAUUGAGAGAGAGAGUAAAAGAGAGUGAUAGCGGUCAGAAAGAGAGAGGAAGAGAGAGGGAGAGAAAGAAGUAGAGAGUGAUAAGAGUGUGUGAGAGAGAAUGUGAGAGAGAAUGUGAGAGUGAGGGAGUGAGAUAGAGAGAGAGAAUAGUGUAAGAGAGAGAGCGAGAGAGAGAGGAAAAAGAUAGAGGCAAUGAGUGAGGGAGAAAUAGAGUGAGAGAGGAGAGAGAAAGAGAUAUAGGGAGUGUGUGAGAGAAAAAAAGAGAGAGGGAGAGAGAAGUAGAGAGUGAUAGUGUGUGUGUGUGAGAGAGAGAGAGAAUAAGAGAGAGAGAGAGAAUAGGGAGAUAGAGUAAGAGAGAGGGAGAGAGAGAGAGAGUAAGAGAGGGAGAGAGAGAGUAAGAGAGCAAGAGAGGGAGAGAGAGAGUAAGAGAGCAAGAGAGGGAGAGAGAGAGAGAGAGAGAGGUAAUGAUAGAGGAGGCAGGUGUUCUCUCCUCUCCUCUGAAGCUGCUUCUGCGUUGUUGCGCGCGGGAGUGUUUCCUCCUCCUCGUGCUCUCGCUCGUGCGCCAUGCUCAGGCUGUUGGCGCUCGCGCUGCUGCUGCUGGCGGCUCGGGGGGCUUCCUCCGCGGGGCUGAACGACACUGAGCCGGUGGUCUUGGAGGGAAAAUGUCUGGUGGUCUGCGACUCCAACCCGUCCGGGGACGGCGCGGGGGUCGCGAGCUUCGGGAUAUCGGUGCGCGCCGCCGGAGCAAAGGUGGCGUUCUCCGCGGUGAGGGGGACCAACCACGAGCCGUCCGAGAUGAGCAACAAGUCCAUGACCAUCUACUUCGACCAGGUGCUCGUGAACAUCGGGAACCAUUUCGACCUGAAGGCGAGUGUGUUCACAGCGCCGCGGAGAGGAAUCUACAGCUUCAGCUUCCAUGUGGUGAAGGUUUACAACAGACAGACCAUUCAGGUGAAUCUGAUGCACAAUGAAUACCCCAUAAUCUCAGCCUUCGCGGGUGAUCAGGAUGUGACUCGUGAGGCGGCGAGUAACGGCGUUCUGCUGCACCUGGAGCGCGAGGACAGGCUCUAUCUGAAGCUGGAGCGAGGGAAUCUGAUGGGUGGAUGGAAAUACUCCACUUUCUCUGGCUUCCUGGUGUUUCCACUCUAGUGUCUUCACCCUCUGGAGCCAGGGUGCAUGAUCCUGUGGCUGGAUGUCCACUGUCCUGAAGGUUUCACCUCCAACCCAACUCUACUUCUCCAACUGAGCACUGCUGAACUACUCAGAACACACUGUUUGCACCCUGUGGACUGAAGUCAUGCCCUCAUUUCCAUAUAUUAGGAUCUCCGGGUUUGGAUUACUGUCCAAACUGUUUUGCUGUAUGUGUAUUUUACUCCCAAAUGCCACUGGAUCCUUUGAUUUCCAUGGUUGUUAAUAUAAUAUACUGUAGCAUAAAGCUACAUGCUAAGCUAACUAGGCCUGAGCCUAGUGAUAAUCUAUAUUGCUGUCAUUUAAGACCAAGGCAUUUCAUUAGUCAUUAGUAUAAUUGCAAUGACAAUUUAAUUGCACAUCUUCUUUAAAGAGCAAUAUACUUUUAAUUAUUAAGAAUAUUCAGGCACUGCAAUAUUUGGAAUAUACAAAUGUUUAAAUGAAACAUAAAUAAAAUAAAACCACUGUUUUUAGACAUAUCAGCUCAUUCAAGCAAGUAAACAAAAAUAGGCAAUGUCAGCUAAUCGAUAAUGUAAUUAUUGUGAUAAGCCUAACAUUGCUACCUACCCAACUGACAUCAUAAGUAAAGAAGAUUAGUUUGGUCAAUUUGGCCAUAGUAGAACUGGCUGAGAAAUGGCUAAAAUAACAAAACGAUGCAGAGCUUUCAGUCCUCAAAUAAAGCAAAUAAAACAAGUUAAAAUUCAUAAAGUUUUCAUUCAGAAAUCAAUAUUUGGUGGAAUAACCCUGGUUUUAAUCACAGUUUUCAUGCAUCUUGGUAUGUUCUCCUCCACCAGUCUUACACACUGCUUUUGGAUAACUUUAUGCUUUUACUCCUGGUGCAGAAAUUCAAGUAGUUCAGUUUGGUUUGAUGGCUUGUGAUCAUCCAUCUUCCUCUUAAAUUAUAUUCCAGAGGAUUUCAAUUGUAUAUCUUACUUAUAUUUAACUCUGAUAAUUCAAAUGAUCCAAGACAUUCAUCCUAUAACUUAUAUGCAUUCAUUGAGUUUCCCCCAUAGAGGUGCCAUGCUUAGAAUCAAAGUGCCAAUUGUGGGUAUGAUGAUGACUAGACAACGACUCAUGACUUCAAAGUUAGGUAGUGUAAACUUGGGUUGGAGCUGAAAUUCUGCAGGACAGUCGAUCUAUAGGAGUAAGAUUAGUGAUCACCGCUCUAGAUCAGAAGUUUUCAGUCAAGUCCUAAUGAUUUAUUUUGUUCCCACUUCAAAAGUUCACCUGGUUCAGGUAAUCAAGGGCCCAAGAUGCUCGUUUUCUGUGUCAGGUGGGUUAGGAAAUGGAACAGAAGAAAAAUGUGGAUUGGCUAGUGGCCACCACCAAGGACUGGAUUGAAAACCUGUUCUCCAGACAAUGAGGAUUGAGGAACAACCAGCUUGUGUAUUUCCUGUUGGGAAUAAAACCACAACCAGAGGACUUAUUCCAAAGGAAUUCUCCUGUUCUGCCGUUUAUCAAGAUUAUAACCAGUAUGUACUUUUUAGAUUUUUUUUCUCUGUCUUUGGAUUCAGGAGCAAAAGAAACCUUUCUUCUUCACCCAAAGUGGAACCCAAACUGUGUGUAAAGUGUUGUAAAUGAGCCGUGCUGAAAUGACAAAUGCAAUGUAGGUGUAGGAUGUCGUUUUUAAUCCUUUUUCUUUUUGUAUUCAAGAGCAUAUUUUGCACGGAGUGUGAUUUGUAUAGUGCUUGAUGUCGAUUCUCUAUGAUAUUGUCUACAGAAGUCCAUGUUGAGAAACACAGAGUAGCAUAAAUGGUUUAUUCUUAUCGCCGUUCUUCCACCUAUAGCAAUAUCUUGCAUUUUGAAAUCACUUGAAUGUAAAUAUGAGUAUCAUGCCAUAAACACAAGGAAUGUAACCAUUUUCCAUUUUCUUUGUUUGUUUGACUGAAACUACUGCUGUACUCUCUGGCCACUAUAU